AACUAAUCAAAAGCUCUCUAAAGACAUUUCCGUUGGAAUAUUCAGUGGCCAGGUAGACGCCACUGCGCCUGUACUCAGGUGAGAGCCGACAGCUCCUCCCUGCAGAAUGCAUAGGCUUCAUCUUCAAGUGAGUUUUGCAAUAGAAGAGCUGUCAGUGUGAACAGGUGGACGGGAAGUAAAAGCUCUUGUCUGCUUAUUCCUGGUGCAGCAGCUGGCUCCAGCGCAGAAGACAAGACAGGUAGCUGAUAGGAUUUAUCACCAAAGACGAGAAACAUGCACUGUGCCAUCUUAAAGGCAGAAGCACUGGAUGGGGCUCAUCUGAUGCAGAUCUUUUGGCACGAUGGGGCAGAGUCCCUCUACCCAGCAGUAUGGCUGAGAGACAACUGUCAGUGUUCAGACUGCUACCUACAAUCUGCAAAAGCUCGGAAACUUCUCCCGGAAGCUCUUGAUGUGAACAUUAGAAUCGAUGACUUGACAUUUGACCGGAAAAAGGUUUAUAUCACGUGGCCCAAUGACCAUUACAGUGAAUUCGAAGCGAAUUGGCUGAAGAAAAGAUGCUUUUCUCAACAGGCCAGAGCAAGGCUCCAAGGAGAAUUGUUUUUACCAGAAUGUCAGUACUGGGGCUCAGAGCUCCAGCUGCCGACUCUGAAUUUUGAAGAUGUGUUAAAUGAUGAUGACCAUGCAUACAAAUGGCUUUCCAGUCUCAAGAAAGUAGGCAUUGUGAGACUCACCGGAGCAGCUGACAAACGCGGUGAGAUCAUAAAACUUGGGAAAAGAAUUGGCUUCCUGUACCUCACAUUUUAUGGACACACUUGGCAAGUGCAGGACAAGAUUGAUGCCAACAAUGUGGCUUAUACAACUGGGAAGCUCAGCUUCCACACUGACUACCCAGCCCUCCACCAUCCACCUGGGGUUCAGCUUCUGCACUGUAUCAAGCAAACAGUCACAGGAGGUGACUCUGAAAUUGUAGAUGGGUUUAACGUGUGCCAGAAGCUCAAGGAGAAGAACCCUCAGGCUUUCCAUAUUCUCUCCUCUACCUUUGUGGAUUUUACAGACAUUGGAGUGGAUUACUGUGAUUUCUCUGUGCAAUCUAAACACAAGAUUAUAGAGUUGGAUGAUAAAGGCCAAGUGGUUCGCAUAAACUUCAACAAUGCAACCAGAGAUACAGUCUUCGAUGUCCCCGUCGAAAGAGUUCAGCCUUUCUACGCUGCUCUGAAAGAGUUUGUUGACCUCAUGAACAGCAACGAAUAUAAGUAUACGUUCAAGAUGAAUCCAGGUGAUGUGAUUACCUUCGACAACUGGCGCUUGCUUCAUGGACGUCGUAGCUAUGAGGCAGGAACUGAGAUAUCCCGCCAUCUGGAAGGAGCCUAUGCUGACUGGGAUGUAGUGAUGUCAAGGCUUCGUAUUCUGAGACAGAGAGUCAUGAAGGGGAACUGAAUCUCCUGGCCUUAAACUUUAGUGCAAGUCCAAUGACUGAAUGUUGCUAUCUAUAACUUGGUUAUUCUCAUAUCAUGACCAACAUCAUUCACAUAAUAAUUUCUUUAAAACUGAACAUGCAGCUUCUUUCAUCAGGGUGUUCUUCCCUGCAAUCAUAUUCAAUAUCUCUUAUUGGAUGUCAUGGUAAGGGUUAGUCUCAAAGCAUCCCUUCUGUGGCAUGCGCUCUCUGACUUUGCAUUAGCAAGUAUUACCAAAAACCCUUACAAAUAGUUUUGUAUCUAACAAAUCUUUCUGGAAAAUUAAACUGUUUUAUCCAUGAAUUAAAGCUUGUGUUUCAAAUAAAAGAUCUUAAAAUAUGUUCCUGCUCAGUUGCCUACGUGAUCUCAUUCUUCA